AUGUCUCGCGUUUUGCCUGUCGGGUUGGUCCAGGCCUCUCUCAGCUCUUUGGUCGAUUUGUCCACCAGCAAGGGCGCUAACAAAGAAUUGGCUCACGUGAAGGCGUAUAUCUACGCCCAAGCGAUUCUACCACUCAUUGCGGACAGCAAUCGUGAUGCGGCACGGACGAUCAGUGACAACGUGGAUUUUGCGGGCGAGCCUUUCAAAAUUGGUCUCAGGGAUGUUGCCGUGGCCUAUUCCAUUGGGCUGUCCGGAACUGGUCUAGACUGCUCCCAAAUCGGCUCGUCGGACGCCAUUGACGGAUGCACCGGUUCGGUUUCGUCGGAAUCGAAGCUGGGAAUCAUUUUGGGUGUUUUGCUCGGCUCCAUUGCAGCGAUUGGUGUUGCGAUAUUGGUCAGAGUAAGAAGGCGAAGGGGUGUUCAAGACAAGCCCUCCUUUGUAGCCCCCAAGGGAAUCUUGAACCACUCGUCUGAACAACUGGUAGGACGUUGUCGAGAGUCCGCUCCGGAACGAGUCGGCUCGGAGACUCAAGAACUCUCGGAGGACUAUAACGACGCGGAUUCCAUUGACAGGGAAGAAUACCUUGAUCAAGCCCCCGAAAAUUGCAACCAUGAUGUUGUUUAG